AUUGCUUUUUUACUUUCUUUUUCUCUUGUAUCUCUUUGGAUUCUGAUUCAUACUAGUAUGGGCUUUCGAGGUUUCUGUUUAUACUUGGUUUUAUUGGCUCUCAGUUUGGAGCCACAGAACCUGAAAUCUGAGGAACUGACAUGCAAUCCAAAUGACUUGAGAGCCUUGGCUGGUUUCUCCAAUUGUUUAGAGUCGGCAAUUGCUGGGUGGAACAGCACUGUAUCUCCUGAUUGCUGCACUUGGUCUGGAAUCACUUGUGAUAAUUCCACUGUUUCGGGAAGAAGGGUGGUUGGCUUGGAACUUGGCAGCAAAAAACUUGAAGGGAAGAUUUGUGGAUCCCUGGCAGGCUUGAGUCAAUUGAGAGUUCUAAACCUCUCUCAUAAUUUCCUUCAGGGGUCACUUCCUGAUGAGUUGUUUAGUCUGCCAUACAUAGAGAUCAUAGACUUAAGCAACAAUGCUUUUGCUGGGUCCAUCAACAACAAAGGUAUGUGUACAAUAUCUACAAGAAUUCAAGUGCUUAAUUUCUCUAAUAACCAUUUUUCUGGACAACUUCCAAAAGAUUUAGCAAAUUGUACUUUCCUAAAUCAUCUCUCUUUUGAUGGGAAUAGUUUAUCAGGGAGUUUGCCCGGAACUCUCUUCCAGCUAAAAAAUCUUAGUGAACUGAAUCUUCAGGGUAAUAGGAUAUCUGGACCAUUGAGUAAUGGAAUUGGUAACCUCUCUAACCUUGUCAAACUGGAUAUCUCCUCUAAUUUGUUUUCUGGAGUUCUUCCAGACAUUUUUGGGAGCCUUGCAAGGCUUGAGCACUUCUCAGCCAUGUCAAAUUCAUUCACUGGUCAUUUGCCUAAUUCGCUGGUAAACUCUCCAUCACUUCAAAUGUUGAAUUUGAACAACAACUCUCUAAGUGGUCCAAUCAAUCUCAACUGUUCUGCAAUGAAAAAUCUUGUCUCCCUAGGCCUUGGUAGUAACCUAUUCCUUGGUCCAAUUCCUGAUGGUCUUUCCUCCUGCAGAGGAUUGAAAGCACUCAAUCUUGCCCGCAACAACCUCGGCGGUGAACUCCCUAAUAACUUCAAGAAUUUGAAGUCUCUAACACAGCUCUCACUGUCAAACACUAGCCUUAGUAAUAUAUUAUCAGCUCUUAGGAUUCUACAACAUUGUAGGAAUUUAAGUAUGUUGGUACUUACAAGGAACUUUCUUGAUGAACAAAUUCCAAAUGAUGUGAGUCUGGAAUUCAAAAACCUCAACAGUCUAAUUCUUGCCAAUUGUCAACUCAGAGGUCCAAUCCCACAAUGGUUGAGUCGUUGUCACAAGUUGCAGUUUUUGGAUUUGUCUUGGAAUCAUUUGGGGGGAAACAUACCAUCAUGGUUCGGAAAGUUUGAUUCUCUCUUUUACUUGGAUUUUUCUAAUAAUUCUUUCAAAGGUGAGAUACCAAAGAGCUUGACUGAACUACAAAGCCUCAUAAUUGGGAAUAUCACAAUAGAAGAGCCUGUCUCAAGCUUUCAACUUUACGCUGCUCGAUAAGGUGAACCAAGCUUAAGUUAUAGGCAGAUUUCAGGCCUUCGACCAACUUUAGACCUGAGUUACAACGUUCUCCAAGGCCCAAUCUGGCCUAGUUUUGGGAAUUUGAAAAGGCUCCAUGUUUUGAACCUGAAAGAGAAUAAUCUGUCAGGCCCUAUUCCGAAUAAUUUAUCAGGGAUGACAUACUUGGAGAAAGUUGAUUUGUCUCACAAUAAACUAUCAGGAGAGAUACCUCGUGCCUUGGUAAAUCUUAGCUUUCUGUCGACUUUCGACAUAUCCUAUAAUCAGUUGUGUGGGGAAAUCCCUGAAGGAAGCCAGUUUGAUACAUUUCCAGAUACAAGCUUUGAGGGAAACAAUGGUCUCUGUAGUGCAGAGUACUGUACUUGCCAGUCUGAACAGACUCUUCAUUCUCUGGGGGAGAAAAAAAUGACAACUAUUGGUCUACCGUUUGGAAUUGGAGCUGCAACAGGUUUUGUUCUUACUGUAAUCUGCUGCUUCAUGUCCGGAUUGUCACUUCCAUAGCCGGACAAGAGGCAGAACAUAAAAAUUAUAAUAGGAAACUAGGUGUAUUGUAAAGAACAAAAAUAAUAUGUGUGUAUUACCUCUUAUUGUCUUAUUUGAUAGUGUGCCAGAUUUCCUUGACUUCAUAUGGAAAUGGUGCAGUUAUGUUAAUUAAAGCUUCUGUUUAGGAUGCAGUAGAAACGCAGCAAAGAAUGUGUUGUAUUAUUUAUGGCUGGUAUGUUGAAAUUGUAUUAUAUUUGUUGCGG